AAGGAUGGGUAGCACAUGCUCUCCUGUCAUAUCACAAACUCCAUUUCAACGGCCUUGAUCCCCCGUACGAAUCCAAUCAACGGCCAUAAAUCCCCUUCCUCACACCAACAGUAGCAAAAGAAAUGAGCCAUUACUACUACUACUACUUGUGUUUAUUUCUCUCUCUACUGUUAUCAGGUUUACCUUGGUCGGGUGGGGUAUAAAGAGAGAGAGAAAGUAAGCAGUCAUACUCUUUUCUUCAUUUUCUCUCUCUUCACUGAUAGUGAUAGAAAAAAUAAAGAAGCUCAAGUUUAGCUUAGAUUCUAUCAAUUUAUUCAAAGAACAUAAAAGGGGGUCAUCCAAAUUUGAUCUUUCUUAUAUUUUCUUGGAUUUGUUGAUGGAGGUAUUGGAGAAAAAGAAGAGUUUUUGAGGAAAGAGAGAAUUCUUUUUUAGAAAUGGGGAAGAGGUGGUGGGGUAUAUUGAGGAUAAGGGUGAUGAAUUGGUGGGAGUGUUUAGGGUUUGAGUUGGUUUUGAGAAAUGGAAUUGAGGGUUUUGUGUAAUUAUUUGAGUGGAUAAUUUAAUUAAAGGGGGGGAAAAAGGGUGUUGUUAUUGUUAGUUUAAUAUUUUAGAUUUUUAAGGGGGGGUAAAAAAAAAAAAAGAAUGAAGCUUUCAACAUCAGGAAUGGGUCAGCAAGCUGCUCAUGAAGGAGAGAAAAAGUGUUUGAACUCAGAGCUAUGGCAUGCUUGUGCUGGUCCUCUUGUAUGCUUACCAACAGUGGGAAGUCGUGUUGUUUACUUUCCUCAGGGUCAUAGUGAACAGGUAGCAGCAACAACUAACAAAGAAGUUGAUGCACAUAUACCAAAUUACCCAAAUUUGCCACCACAGUUGAUCUGUCAACUCCACAAUGUCACAAUGCAUGCAGAUGUUGAAACAGAUGAAGUGUAUGCUCAAAUGACUUUGCAGCCCUUGACGCCGGAAGAACAAAAAGAUACAUAUCUUCCUGUUGAGUUUGGAAUCCCGAGCAAGCAGCCUACUAACUAUUUUUGUAAGACGCUGACUGCAAGUGAUACUAGCACGCAUGGUGGCUUUUCUGUCCCUCGUCGUGCUGCGGAGAAAGUUUUUCCUCCUCUGGAUUUCUCGCAGACACCACCUUGCCAAGAACUAAUUGCAAGGGAUCUGCAUGAUGUUGAAUGGAAGUUCAGGCAUAUUUUCCGAGGACAGCCUAAGCGGCAUCUUCUUACUACUGGCUGGAGUGUGUUUGUUAGUGCAAAAAGACUUGUUGCUGGAGAUUCUGUUCUUUUCAUUUGGAAUGAGAAAAAUCAGCUCCUUCUGGGAAUUCGGCGUGCAGUUCGACCCCAGACUGUGAUGCCAUCAUCAGUUCUAUCUAGCGAUAGCAUGCACAUUGGAUUACUUGCUGCUGCUGCUCAUGCUGCUGCUACUAAUAGCUGUUUCACUGUCUUUUUUAACCCAAGGGCUAGCCCAUCCGAGUUUGUUAUACCUCUUUCAAAAUACAUCAAAGCUGUAUAUCACACUCGCGUUUCUGUUGGAAUGCGUUUUCGGAUGCUAUUUGAAACUGAAGAAUCAAGUGUUCGAAGAUACAUGGGCACAAUUACUGGGAUUGGUGACUUAGAUCCAGUUCGCUGGGCAAACUCUCACUGGCGGUCUGUCAAGGUUGGUUGGGAUGAGUCUACUGCAGGAGACAGGCAACCAAGGGUCUCGUUAUGGGAGAUUGAGCCUUUGACUACUUUUCCGAUGUAUCCAUCUCUGUUUCCUCUUAGGCUAAAGCGGCCUUUGUAUCCAGGAACCUCAUCUUAUCAAGAUAGUAGCAAUGAAGCUAUUAAUCGAAUGGCAUGGUUGAGAGGGAAUACUGGUGAGCUAGGACCUCAUUCAAUGAAUCUUCAGUCUUUUGGUGGCAUGCUUCCUUGGAUGCAACAGAGAGUCGAUUCAACAAUUCUCCCAAAUGAUAUUAAUCAGCAUUAUCAAGCUAUGCUGGCUACUGGUGGUUUGCAAAGUUUUGGGAAUGGAGAUUUGCUGAAACAGCAAUUAAUGCAACAGUUUCAGCAGCAGCCUGUCCAAUAUCUCCAACACACAAGUAGUGAUAGUUCCCUUCUGCAGCAGCAGCAAAUAAUGCAGCAAGCAGUUCAUAAUCAGCAUAUGCUGCCUGCUCAAACCCAAAUGCUGUCAGAGAACCUGCAAAGGCAACCACAGCAACAAUCGAAUAAUCAGUCGGAGCAACAGACUCAUCAACACGCUUACCAAGAAGCAUUCCAAAUCUCACAUGACCAGAUCCAGCAGAGGCAACCAUCAAAUAUUUCCUCUCAAUUUUUGAAAGCAGAUUUUGCAGAUUUGAACUCAAAGUUUUCAGCAUCCGUUGCUCCAUCAGGCGUGCAAAAUAUGCUAGGUUCUUUCAGUACUGAAGGAAAUAGUAAUUCGUUGAAUAUCAACAGAACUGGUCAGUCUGUGAUCAUAGAGCAGCCGCCCCAACAGUCCUGGAUGUCAAAAUUUACGCAGUCACAACUCCCAACAUAUGGGAAAGAUACUUCCAGUCCUCGGGAAAAUUGUAGUUUGGAUUCCCAGAAUCAAGCUCUUUUUGGUACUAAUGUUGAUUCUUCAGGGCUUCUACUUCCGACCACAGUGUCUAAUGUUACUACUACAUGUGCUGAUAUGUCCUCAUUGCCACUUGGGGCUUCUGGAUAUCAGAAUUCUCUAUAUGGUUAUGUGCAAGAUUCUUCUGAGUUGUUGCACAAUGCAGGACAAAUUGACCCACCAAAUGCAACCCAAACGUUUGUCAAGGUUUACAAAUCGGGGUGUGUUGGGAGGUCACUGGAUAUCACCCAGUUCCACAGCUAUCAUGAGCUGCGACGGGAAUUGGGUCGAUUGUUUGGUAUUGAGGGGUUCCUUGAAGACCCUCAAAGAUCAGGCUGGCAGCUUGUAUUUGUUGACAGGGAGAAUGACAUUCUUCUCCUUGGAGACGACCCAUGGGAGGCGUUUGUCAAUAACGUCUGGUAUAUAAAAAUCCUUUCACCGGAAGAUGUGCAGAAGCUGGGAAAGGAAGAGGCUGAAUCCCUGAACCGUGGAGCGAUUGAAAGGAUGAGCACCACUAAUGCUGAUGAUCGAGAUCUUCUUUCUGGAAUGCCAUCUCUUGGAUCUCUCGACUACUGAUUCUGAUUCUUGUCUUUGCAAGGGGUCAAAAAUUUAAAUUUCAUGCCUCGUAACCCUGGCUUCGUAAGCUUUCGUCUAAUUGGUCCAUCUCCCAAUUGUAUGUGUAUUUUGUAUUUGGAUCUUGCUGUAGUAGGACUUAAGGCAUCUCCCAUUUCUAAUGGUGUAGUUUUCAUUGUAAUCCUGUUAUACAAUUUAGUAUUAUUCACUGUACGGCUCAAGACCAGACAAAAGUUAAACUAAGAAUCUCGAAAGUGUUUAAACUUCUUAUUGUAGUUCAACUUUGGGUAAGUAACCCUUAAAUUUACGGAGUUAUGUAACAA